CGAAACUUGCGUUUAUGCCACAAUGCAAAGCAACCUUCAAAGAGCUCAAAGCCGAGCCACGUACGCACGCAAAAGCUGGGGCCAGCAUUCGUUGCCCCCCCCCCCUCAGUCUCCAAUCACGUCGGACACCCACAGCUCCAAUUCCUCGGGCGACAUGCUCUCCGCCGCUGUAACUCGCUCCUCCCGCAUGACGGUCAAGGCCGUGCGCGCCGCCAGCUCCUUCCGUGUCGAGACGGACUCGAUCGGAGAGGUCAAGGUGGACGACUCCAAGUACUGGGGCGCGCAGACGCAGCGCAGUCUCGAGAACUUCCCCAUCGGUGGCGCCCGCGAGCGCAUGCCCAUGCCUGUGAUUAAGGCCUUUGGCGUCGUUAAGAAGUGCGCAGCCAAGUACAACCUUCAGCAGGGCAAGCUGGACGCCGCUGUGGCCGAUAAGAUCAUCGCCGCGGCCGACGACGUCAUUGCCGGCAAGCUGGACGACCACUUCCCCCUCGUGGUCUUCCAGACUGGCUCGGGUACUCAGUCCAACAUGAACACGAACGAGGUCAUCAGUAACCGCGCCAUUGAGCUGGCAGGCGGCGUUCUGGGUAGCAAGACGCCCGUGCACCCGAACGACCACGUUAACAUGGGCCAGUCGUCCAACGACUCGUUCCCUACGGCCAUGCACAUCGCCGCAGUGCAGGAAAUCCACCGUGUGCUGCUUCCUGGUCUUCACAAGCUGCACGACGCUCUGGACGCCAAGGUCAAGGAGUUCGACGACAUUAUCAAGAUCGGACGCACCCACACGCAGGACGCCACGCCUCUCACUCUGGGCCAGGAAUUCUCCGGCUACCGUGAGCAGAUCGCGCUCUCUAUUGAGCGCGUGGAGCGCGUCCUGCCCAACCUGUGCAAGCUCGCACUGGGCGGUACCGCUGUGGGCACGGGACUCAACACGUCCAAGGGCUACGACGCUGAGAUCGCCAAGAUCAUCGCCGACGAGACCAAACUACCGUUCAUCACGGCUCCUAACAAGUUCGAGGCUCUGGCUGCCCACGACGCUGUCGUGGAGGCCAGUGGUGCCAUGAACACCAUCGCCUGCUCGCUCAUGAAAAUCGCUAACGACAUCCGUUUCCUCGGUUCGGGCCCGCGUAGUGGUCUAGGCGAGCUCACACUGCCUGCCAACGAGCCUGGCUCGUCUAUUAUGCCUGGCAAGGUGAACCCGACGCAGUGUGAGGCUAUCACGAUGGUCUGCGCUCAGGUCAUGGGCAACCACGUGGCUGUGACGGUGGGCGGCUCCAACGGCCACUUCGAGCUCAACGUGUUCAAGCCCGUGAUGAUCAGCAACCUCUUGUCCUCGAUCCGCUUGAUCGGAGACAGCUGCAACGCCUUCACGGACAACUGCAUCGUGGGCAUUGAGGCCAACCGCGAGAAGAUCGACCAGCUCAUGAAGAACUCGCUGAUGCUGGUGACGGCGCUCAACCCGCACAUCGGAUACGACAAGGCCUCCAAGGUGGCCAAGACGGCGCACCAGGACGGCGCCACUCUGCGUGAGACUGUCAUCAAGCUCGGAUACCUCACUGGCGAGGAGUUCGACCGCUUCGUGCGCCCCGAGGACAUGAUUGGCCCCAAGUAAACUGCUAAGCGCUCGUACCACAGCAGCCAGAGGACGGGUUUGCUUCCGUAUGCGCAGGAGUUGUGUAAGAACAGAAAAAUAAAAACACUUGAUCGCUCUAUGGAAUGGCACAAAGCUACAGGAAUGUGACGAGGCUCAAAGCUCUGUCCGUUGCGCCUCGGGUGUUGCCACUGACGUCACUGUCGGUACUGACAGCGUUGUUCGUCUUCGGUUGGUGGAGCUCUGCAUCUCAUAAAUAGCGGCUUGGAAGGGCAGGUACAGCGCGUUCUGAAUGGCAAAUGACACAUAAAAUAUUGGUAA